CAGCUAGUUGCAAAAAUCGAUUCGGCCUCCCACAAACGGAAAUGCGUUCAAAGUGUGGGCGGCGACAGAAGGACCCAGUACGAGAAGGUAGAUGAUAUAAAAAUGUAACACCCGGCAACACGGGGGGAAGGUUGGGUUCGGAAGCAGACGACCUUGAUCUCCCCCAGGCUUGGCUGACUUGGCUCCCGUGUGGCGUUAUCUUUCCAAGCAUCUUGGCGAUCGGCUGCUCCGACAAGAGAUCUCCACCAUGUCUCCGGCCACGCAGCAACACCAACAACAACAACAGCAGCAGCCAGAGAUCGCCGGGGGACCGAAGGCGGGCGGCCCGGGCAACGGCGAUGCAAUCUCGGUCGACACCCCCAGCAGCGGCACGCCCGAGAAAAGGUCGAGCGAACCGGCGGCUCCGUAUACCGAGGGCGACAUGGAGAAGCCGCCCUUCGUCUUCACCACGCAAGCUAACGGCGAAGAGGAGGCGUUCGACGAGGACGACCCGAGGCUGCGGGACAUUCCAGCCUACGUGCGUCGCAUUGUUUCGCUGCACGACGAUCCGGAACUGCCGUGCCUCACGUUCCGGUACUUCCUCCUCACCAUCGUCUUCGUCAUCCCCGGCGCCUUCUUGUCGAUGAUGAGCCACUUCCGCACGACCUACGCGCCGUACUCCAUCUUCUUCGUGCAGAUCGCGUCCAGCUACGCCGGGGUGUGGCUCGCCAAGAUCCUGCCGGCGUGGGAAGUCAGAGUGCCCCUGACGAGGUUCAGCUUCAACCUCAACCCGGGUCCCUUCAACGUCAAGGAACACGUGCUCGUUACCAUCUCGGCGGCCUCGGGUGCCACGUACAACCUCGGCUACACCCCUGUGGCCAUGGCCGAGCUCUACUUCAACUCUCGCAUCCACCCUGCCGCGGCCAUCUUCUUCAUGUGGGGGAUCGUCUGGACGGGAUACUCGUUCGCGGCGUUGGCGAGACAGUUCCUGAUCUACGACCCCCAAUUCCCCUGGUUCACGGCUCUCUGCCAGACCGCCCUCUUCGAGACGCAGAAGAAGCAGCGCGAGAGCCCGACAGCCUCGUCCCGGAAGCAGACAAAGGUCUUCUUCUGGGCUCUUCUCGGCAUGACCCUGUGGCAGUUUCUUCCGGAAUACGUGUUCCCGAUGCUGGGCUCUCUGGCGUUCCUCUGCUGGGUGGCGCCCAACAACGCCGUGGCAAACUUUGUCGGCGCCGGCUUCGGGGGACUCGGCUUUUUGAAUCUCUCACUCGACUGGUCCAACAUCUCCUCCAGCGGAAGCUUGUUCCUGACUCCGUGGUGGACGCAAGUUGUCAUAUUUUCCGGGUUUGUCUGCAGCGUCUGGGUACUGCUACCGGCUGCGAAGUACGGUCACUUGGGAGAGUGGCACGAGCACCUGAUGUCUAACCGACUGUUCCUCGAGAAUGGGACGUCCUACCCCAUCACCCAACUUCUGACCCCCGAAGUCACAUUCAACGAAACGGCGUACCAGGAGCUCGGCCCUCCCUUCGUCAGCACCCACGUGCUCUGGACCAUGUUCUUCGACUAUGCCGCGUACACGUCUGCCAUUAUCUGGGCCGGCCUCUUUGGAUGGAAGAGUAUCAAGAGCAGCUUCCUCAAGAUGAUGGAGCGUAUGAAGAGCGGGUCCGAGAUCAGCUCACAGUACAACGACCAGCUCAGCAUCCUGCAGCGUUCCUACAAAGAGGUUCCGCUAUGGUGGUUUCUGGCGCUCUUCGCGGCAUCUUUCGUCUCGCUGGUGACCAUUACUGCUACCGGCAACAUGUUCAUUCCCGUGUGGACCUACUUUGUUGCCAUUGCAACGGGUGCAUUUUUGGUUGUACCGCUGGGCUGGCUGUAUGCUCUUAGUAACUUCCAGUUGGCUAUCGGGACGGUCAACGAGCUCCUGUACGGCUUGAUGGUCAACUCGGUCAGCGGCUUCAAGAAUCCCACAGGCGCCUCCGCCUAUGGCGCCAUCGCAGGCAACGCAUGGUAUCGUGCUCAGCUUAACCUUCAGGACAUGAAAAUCGGGCACUACGUCCAUCUCAGCCCAAGGGCUGUGUUCUUCUCGCAGGUGUUCGGAUCCUUCCUUGGGGUGCCCAUCAACUAUGCCGUUGUCAGAUGGGUGCUUGAUACCAAGUUCGACUACCUUACGGGGGCAAAAGAGGACCCUGCGCAUCAGUGGACGGCGCAGUCUCUCACGUCGAACCUUACAAUGGGCGUCCAGUACGUGCUCAUCGGUCCGCGUCGACUCUUUGAGCAGCAUAUCUACAAGGUGCUCCCUUAUGGCUUCCUCGUCGGGGCCUUUGCGCCGGUGCUCAUCUACGGGCUGCACCGCCUGUUCCCACGCGCUAAGUUCCAGCUGUGGAACACGACCAUCUUCUUCUCGUCCAUGUCGAGCUUCUACGGCAACAUCAGCACUGGGUACUUCAGUAGCUUCAUCGGAGGCUUUGUUGUCAUGUUCUGGGCCUAUCGCUACCGCUACGACUUGUGGGCAAGGUGGAACUACAUCUUAGCAGCUGCUUUUGAUGCUGGAUUCAACUUCAACAUGUUGUUGACGUUCCUCUUCUUCGGUGCAGGGAAGAUCGUCACCAUGCCGAACUGGUGGGGUAACGAUGCAGCCAGCUCCGAGAGAUGUUUUGCGCUAGAAUGAUUAUAGAAGCGAAAAGUUGAUGGACGGAGUGAGUGAAUUAAAGUCAUCUCAGGCUGCAUGAUUAGGACAUCAGGGCGACACCGAAGCAGGAAGGGACGGAAGCAACACAUUCAGUGAGUCUUAGUGAGAAACCUCAACUCCCUAGGCGAGCCCCUCGCCCCAGAUCUCAAUUUCGCACUAUAGACGCUGGGCCUCCAGAUAGAUCAAACAGUGGUGGUGACAUCAUAUCCCCUGUCGCUACCCUUGGUUUGUCCUAUGGCUAGUCAUGGUUAUGCAGUCACUUGAUCUCAGGUAACCCUCGAAUGGACUCGGAUCCUCGUAGCAACGAUAAGAGCAUUGACUUCCUCACGGCCGUGAAGCUCCCGUCCAUGAUGGAGGUCUCUCGUAUCCGUGUCUUGUGGAUGAUGAUGAGGCUGUAAGACCUAGAUCAUUGUGGCCGUGACAGGACGCAUCCCCAUGGCCGUGAAGACCCGUUCCGUUCCCUGCUUGACGCAUCUUGUGUCUGUGUCCAGGCUGAUAAAGUUAUCGUCAUGAAGACUCACGCUGACGGCCUUGGCACUGUCAUUGCUGGUUCCAAGCCAGCGGAACCAAUGGUAUAGCUGCCAUGUCUGAAGGAAAAUGGAAAAAGCGCCGGCUUUCUUUUGCGCCGUAAAAGGGAGCCACAGGGUCCACAUGAAAUUUGCGUCUUUGAGAUCCGUGCAUGUUUAAUAGAUAAC